UACUACUACUAGUAAAAACAUCACAUAAUACACACCUCCCCCCACUACACCUCUUUCCUCCUCGUUCUCACACACUACACGCACUAAAACCACCCGCCACCUUCCCACUCCAAUUACCCAGACGCGCUUCCGAUCAGUAACACCCACCGGGGAACGGCUUGGGUUCUUACUGUCAGUUAAUUGGACCGAAAACAUUAAGUAAAUUGCAAUUAUAAUAAUUUAACGGUAAUGUCUACGCCUCAAGCUCCGUCAAGAGGGGCUGCUGCCGGGGGCCGCCAGAUUCCGCAGCCGAUCAAGCGACACUUACCUUUCUCAUCUAUGAAGCCGCCUUUCGUUCCUCCCGAGGAUUACCACCGGUUCUCCACCCCAGCUGGCGCCGGCACUGAAACUGUCCGGAUUCAGGACGCCGAAGCUAUCGUUGUCAAAUCUCCUCCAAUAAAACGGAAGUCCAGAACAGAUAAUCAUGAAGUUUCAUCUACAGACUGGGCUGCUAGUCCUGGGAAUACUCGUACAGUCAGCAGCCCAAUUUGCACUCCUGUAUCUGCCAAGGGAGGAAAGGCAUACGGCAGAUCAAAGGUCACAAAAGGGGAUAUGUCUGGACCUUCAACUCCUUUGUCCAAUGCAGGUUCUCCUGCUCCUCUCACUCCAGCAGGCAGCUGCCGCUACGACAGCUCUUUGGGUCUUCUGACAAAAAAAUUCAUCAACUUGAUAAAGCAUGCAGAGGAUGGAAUUCUGGAUCUGAACAAGGCAGCAGAGACGUUGGAGGUGCAAAAAAGACGGAUAUAUGACAUUACAAAUGUUCUUGAAGGAAUUGGUCUAAUUGAAAAGAAAUUGAAAAACAGAAUCCAUUGGAAGGGCCUUGAUGCAUCAAGACCAGAUGAAGUGGAAAACGAUGCUUCUAUCUUACAGGCAGAAGUUGAGAAUCUUUCCAUGGAAGAACGAAGAUUAGAUGAUCGCAUCAGAGAGAUGCGAGAAAGAUUGAGGGAUUUGAGUGAAGAUGAAAUCAAUGAAAAAUGGCUUUUUGUGACCGAAGAGGAUAUCAAGACUUUACCUUGCUUUCAGGUACUUUUUUAUUGUUUGGUUAUGAGGCAAUGCCCCUUCAAUGUGCUGGUAAGACAAAUAAUAUGGAAAGAAGUUCACCUUGAUCACCGACACAACAUUUUGCUUCCUGGUGCUGAUUGA